UAUGAUAUCCUUCUUAGAGGCAAAACAACCUUCUUUUUGUUAGCCGCACUAAAAAUCUAAAAGUGAUUCCUGUGAAGGAUGAAAAGUAAAGAACCAUGCAUGCAUCAAAUGUCAAGAAGACUGCAGCAUUUAUAUAUUCACAUAGGCUUCCAAAGACUCAGCAAAUUUUAUUAAGUUCUACAAGCUCCAUGACAGUGGCCUUUUGAAUAGAUUAGCAUAUCAACUCGAAUGGAGUAAAAAAUGAGUGGGAGAAGCAUUCAGUUAUCACUUGAUCCCUAUGCUUCAAGUUUCCAUAAUAGUCCACAUGAGGAUUGUAUAAGGGAGGAUGAUGAUGAAGUUGAGCUGCAAUACUGGGCUGCAAUUCAGAGAUUACCCACAUUCCAAAGGAUUAGAACAUCAUUAUUUGAUCCCCAGGGAAAUGAGAAUGGCUCACAAGUAGCAGGAAAGAAGUUGAUAGAUGUUACGAGGCUUGGAGCUGGAGAAAGACACAUGUUCAUUGAGAAACUGAUUAAGCACAUUGAGCAUGACAAUCUCCGAUUGCUGCAAAAACUAAGAGAAAGGAUAGACAGAGUGGAUGUGAAACUACCUACCGUGGAGGUAAGAUACAAGAAUCUGUGUGUGGAAGCAGAGUGCAAGGUAGUUCAUGGCAAGCCUCUUCCAACUUUAUGGAACUCUGUCAAAAGCAUAUUCUCUGUUAUUACAAAGAUGAGUGGUUGCAAUAGUCAAGAAGUCAAGAUAAGCAUUCUCAAAGAUGUAAAUGGAAUCAUCAAGCCUUCAAGGUUAACUCUUCUACUUGGUCCUCCAGGAUGUGGGAAAACUACCUUGUUACUGGCCCUUGCAAGAAAGUUAAAUUACUCACUCAAGUCCACAGGAGAGAUCUGUUACAAUGGUUACAGACUAGAUGGAUUUAUUCCUCAAAAAACAUCAGCUUAUAUAAGCCAGAAUGACCUACACAUACCUGAGCUGACUGUGAGGGAAACACUUGAUUUUUCAGCACGUUGUCAAGGUGUUGGAAGCAGAAAAGAAAUUAUGAUGGAAGUCAGUAGAAGGGAGGAAGAAGCAGGAAUUUUCCCUGAUCCAGAUAUAGACACUUACAUGAAGGCAAUUUCAGCUGAGGGACAAGAAAAGAACCUUCAGACAGAUUAUAUUCUGAAGAUCCUGGGAUUGGAUAUAUGUGCCGAUACAGCGGUUGGGGAUGCCAUGAGAAGAGGAAUUUCAGGUGGUCAGAAGAAGAGAUUGACAACAGGAGAGAUGAUUGUGGGUCCAACGAAAGCUUUUUUCAUGGAUGAAAUAUCAACUGGUUUGGAUACCUCCACUACCUUUCAGAUUAUUACCUGUCUUCGGCAAUUGGCACACCUCACAGAUGCUACUGUGUUGAUUUCACUUCUUCAGCCAGCACCUGAGACAUUCAAUCUCUUUGAUGACAUUAUUUUAAUGGCAGAAGGGAAGAUCAUAUAUCAUGGCCCCCGAAGUUAUGUUCUUGAGUUUUUCGAGGGUUGUGGUUUCAAGUGCCCAGAAAGAAAGGGUGUUGCAGACUUCCUCCAGGAGGUAAUAUCCAGAAAAGAUCAAGCACAGUACUGGAACCUUGCAAAUCCCUAUUGUUAUGUUUCAAUAGAUCAAUUCUCUGAGAAAUUCAAGGCAAGUCAAAUUGGGGAGAAGCUAAUUGAGGAUCUGUUGGAACCAUAUGAUAAAUCACAAUGUCAAGAUAAUGCUUUGUCUCACAGCAUAUACUCCCUAAACAAAUGGGACCUGUUCAAAGCUUGCAUAGGUAGAGAAAUACUUCUUAUGAAGCGGAACUCCUUCGUGUAUGUAUUCAAAACAGUACAGAUUGUGAUAAUUGCAUUCAUAACGAUGACAGUAUUUAUACGUACACGGAUGAUGGUGGAUUUAUCACAUGCAAAUUAUUAUAUGGGUUCUUUGUUUUAUACAAUUAUUAGACUUAUGACCAAUGGAGUGGCAGAGGUGUCUUUCACCAUUUCCAGACUACCAGUUUUUUACAAGCAAAGAUCAUUUUGUUUCUACCCAGCUUGGGCUUACUCCAUUCCAGCCUCUAUUCUAAAAAUUCCAGUGUCACUGGUGGAGUCUUUCCUUUGGACAGUAUUUACAUACUAUGUAAUUGGGUAUAGCCCUGAAGUGGAAAGGUUUUUGCUCCAGUUCCUUCUACUUUUCGCUUUGCAUCAAGCAGCAACGUCUAUGUGCUGUCUCAUUGGAUCGAUUUUCCAAAAUAUGGUAGCUGCUUCAACUUUCGGUUCUUUGAUUUUGAUUCUGAUGUUCUUAUUUGGAGGUUUCAUUGUUCCACGACCCUCUCUACCAUCUUGGUUGAGGUGGGGAUUCUGGCUUUCUCCAAUGACAUAUGCUGAGAUAGGACUAUCGAUAAAUGAAUUUCUUGCUCCCCGCUGGCAAAAAGUUUCAUGGAGAAACACAACUAUAGGGUCGGAGGUUCUGAACAGUCAUGGUCUAAACUUCCAGAGUUACUUUUAUUGGAUCUCAUUAGGAGCAUUGUUUGGGUUUACAAUGCUUUUUAACAUCGGAUUUUCCUUGGCAUUAACUUAUUUGAAUCCUCCGGAGAGGCAUCAGGCUAUUAUUUCUAGAGAAAUGCUCUCUCAACUACAAGGAAGAGAAGAUUGUAACAAUGGUAUUCAGCAGGACAAUGAGUCAAACCUUGAUCUCUCUCCUGUAACCAUGGAAGAAACCAAAAAAUCUGGGAGGAUGGUUCUACCAUUUGAGCCCUUGACAAUGACAUUCCAGAAUGUGCAGUACUAUGUUGAUACUCCUGAGGAAAUGAGAGAACAUGGUUUUGCUCAAAAGAAACUCCAACUGCUCUGUGAUAUUACAGGAGCAUUUAGGCCUGGAAUCCUUACAGCACUGAUGGGUGUCAGUGGGGCAGGAAAAACAACUCUUAUGGAUGUUCUUUCUGGAAGGAAAACUGGGGGUUAUAUUGAAGGAGACAUAAGAAUUGGAGGGUACCACAAGGUCCAAGAGACAUUUGCUAGGAUAGCAGGUUACUGUGAGCAGACUGAUAUACAUUCUCCACAAAUUACGGUAGAAGAAUCAGUGAUGUUUUCAGCUUGGUUGCGGUUGUCACCUCAGAUUGAUCAAAAAACCAAAUCUAAAUUUGUAGAAGAAGUCAUUGAAACAAUUGAACUUGGAGGAAUUAAAGAUUCUUUGGUUGGAAUUCCUGGCAUAAGUGGUCUAUCUACUGAGCAGCGCAAACGGUUAACAAUUGCAGUGGAGCUUGUUUCCAACCCAUCUAUAAUAUUCAUGGAUGAACCUACAUCAGGUUUAGAUGCUAGAGCUGCUGCAAUUGUCAUGCGUGCAGUGAAAAAUGUGGUUGCUACAGGAAGGACAACAGUCUGCACAAUCCACCAACCAAGCAUUGACAUAUUUGAGGCAUUUGAUGAGUUAAUUCUAAUGAAAAUGGGAGGACAAAUAAUCUAUUCUGGAACAUUGGGUAUGCAUUCAAGUAAACUUAUUAAAUAUUUUGAGGAAAUUCCUCAUCUGCCAAAGGUUAAAGACAAUCAUAACCCAGCAACAUGGAUGUUAGAAAUCACUUCAGCAUCUUCUGAAGCAGAACUCGGUAUAGAUUUUGCUAACAUCUAUAAGAAGUCACCUCUGUAUCAGGACAAUAAAGAGCUUGUUAAGCAAUUAAGAGAGCCACCACCAGGUUCAACAAACAUGCAUUUUCCUACUCGUUUCCCACAGAAUGGUUGGAAGCAGUUCAUGGCAUGCUUAUGGAAACAACACUUGUCUUAUUGGAGAAGUCCUGAAUACAUCUUGGUGCGCCUAACUUUUACAACCAUUUCAGCCAUGCUUUUUGGAGCAGUUUUCUGGCAGAAAGGGAAGAUAAUAAAUGACCAACAAGAUUUAUUCAACAUACUUGGAGAAGUAUAUGUGGCUAUGAUAUUCUUAGGUGUAAACAACUGUUCAUCAGUUCUACCACACGUGGCAACUGAGAGAAUCGUUCUAUACCGGGAAAAAUUUGCUGGAAUGUACUCCUCAAGGGCUUAUUCAUUUGCACAGGUGACCAUUGAGAUUCCUUAUACAAUAGUCCAAGCAGCUUUGUACACAGUCAUAACAUACCCGACAAUAGGGUACUACCUGUCAGCAACAAAAAUCUUCUGGUAUUUCUACAUAACAUUCUGUACAUUUCUCUACUUUUUAUACCUGGGGAUGCUAAUAGUUUCACUAAGCUCAAAUCUCCAAGUUGCUUCUGUCUUGGCAUCUGCAACCUACACCAUGCUGAGUCUUUUCUCAGGGUUUCUAAUACCUGGACCGAAAAUUCCAAAAUGGUGGAUUUGGUUCUACUGGAUAUGUCCAACAUCCUGGUCCCUAAACGGCAUCCUUACUUCACAGUAUGGAGACAUAGACACAGAGAUUACAAUAUUUGGAGAAAUCAAAACCAUCAGUUCCUUCAUACAAGAUUAUUAUGGAUUUUAUCAUCAUUACUUAGGUGUUGUUGCUGUUGUUCUCUUCGCAUUUCCACUUGCAUUUGCAUUUCUUUUUGCAUAUUUUAUAGGGAAAUUAAAUUUUCAAAUGAGAUGAAGGGGGAAAUAGUCAUGUUUAUUGUUGUUGCAGUUGACUCAUUGGUGGUAUUAUUAUGAAUAGAAACAAAAUGAAAUGAA